GCCCUUCCCUUAAAAAAAAACAGGGAUUGUUUGUCCCUAUGUUGCAAUAUACUUCAAGCUACCCAACAUAUUACAAUGUGUGUACUUAAUGCACUGCCAACUGAAAAAUAGAGAUAUAAUAGGCCUGAAUGUAAGUUCUAUCACCAGCUAUACCCUUUCUGAGGGAUUGUACCUCUGUCCAUCAAAAGAUUCAUAGCCUCUUUUCUAGCAAAGCAAAGUGUGUGAUCGUUCCAUUAGCAGUUAUUUUAUCAAGAAAGAAUAAUACCUUUUGGUCUUUUUAAAAUUGGAACAUAUUUUGCACUGACGAUUACCAGAACAGUAUGUUCAAUGUAUUCAUUAUAUUAGUUUCAUACAUAACACAUAAUAAGUCCUUUCACAUAUGUUCCACUGUUACAUUUCCAAUAAUUUCUCAGCAAUCAUAUAGCUGUAGCCUAUAAAUCAGCUGGUUUUAACAAAUAAAACUGGUCAGGAACUUGAAGCUUCCAUAUUCAGCCGAUUCAUGGUAACAGGGCUUAAUAACAAGACACAACAGACAGUAAAAAAGCCAAAAAGAUUCCCUAAUGGUUUACAUGUUGUAAUCUUCAUGAAUAACAAUUGCAUAGUCUCAGAAAAGCCGAAAAACAGAACACUUGAAAAUAGUGUUCACUGCGCUAAAAAAAAUUGAAUUUCCUUUUUUAAAGGGUAAGUAAACUGUUAAAAUAAGUAAAUGUAAAAUUGAUGGGAGUGCUAUUCUAAGCACAUUUGCAAUUUAAAUAAAUUAUCUCUUUUAAAUCCAAACUAUUUAGGGAAUAUUUGCAGUUAAUGAAUACAUUUUGUUACAACAGCCCACCUGCUUGUCAGUUUCCAACUGUAAUACAAGGAACUUUUCAGAAGAAAGAAAAAGGGGUGCCCUCAGGGCUGGAUUUUAAAGUGGUGUGCCCCAAGGCUCAUCCCUCCUAACAUGCUUGGACUGGGGGAGGUGGGGCCCACUGGAAAACCCAGGCAUGUGACCACAACGAUUGUACCCUUCCCCCCCCCCGUUUAAGGGCACACCACCUGCCCCCCAAUCACUAUGACUCCUAGCAUACAUAAUUACUCUUAACUGCAGGUUAUCGCCCCUGCAUUCUGCCCCCUAGCACUCCACUGAUGCACCAGCAAAACACCACUGAGUUGGCCUAUAGAGCCCACUGGGUUUUCCCCCGGUUCCCAUGUGGGCCAGUCACGUAAUCAUGGUAACUGCCUGGUUGUGAUUAUAUGUGUGAUUAUGAGAGUACUAUUUUUCACCUGCGGCAAUUCCUGUUCACUUUAGUACAAAGGUACUUUAGGGCUCUUUGUUGUCCGUGUUGGAGGCAACAUUUAAUGUGCCAUUACCUUAACAGUCAAGAAAGUGUUGAGCAAAUUGGCACAGUAUCAAAGCAGAUAAAAAACAAAUGCUUAAAUACAAAUAUAACAGAACUAAAUUUCACUGCAAGAUUUAUAAAUUAGUAAAGUAAAUCAGUUAAAAAUCUGAAUACUUUAAAUAAUCUUAAAUUACAAUAAUAAUAAUAAUAAUAAUAAUACAAUGCAUUUUAGUGUCCUGUGAGCAGGUGAAAACCAAACUGUUUUUGGCACUGAGCUCUAACACCCUGCCGAAUUGUGAAUGUUAGAUUUACACUGUAUUUUACCUUGGCCAAAAAGCUCUAUUUGGGUCUCUUCUGAACCCGACGCUUUCCUUUGAGUGAGUGAAUUCUGGCACCCCCAUCCCCAUACAUGCCAAUCUGAUGCGGUUAUUGAUAAGAGUAUGAAAGAAACUUUUCCCAGACAGCAUCAGGAGGGUUUAAUAUAGACCCCACUUCCUGAUAAUUAGAGCAUCAGUGUCCUCUGGGACAUCCAAGCACUUGGAUAUUGUUUUGUGCCAUUUUCCUUAUAUACAUAUGUAUAACUUUAUCUCUAACUUUGUAAUUCUAACACAAAAAAAAACCAGAGACCCCCUAAAUGAGACAUUCCUCAAAAAGAUUGCACCACCAUCCCACCAUAAGGUCAGAAACAAGAAUUAUGUGCUAAACAAAAACAUGUCAUUUAUAUUAAUCAUCAAUAUAAAUUUAAAAAAACAGACUUCAUACACAUUAACUAUUGCAAGUGCAGUGCAAUUUGGGAAGCAAUUGGCAUCUUUUUUACCCACAGUGCAGUGUUUUUUUCCCUAGAAAAUGCGCAAGUGUAGCGUGAAUGCGUGCAUACGUGACGCAGCGUACAUACGCAUUCACAGAGCACUUACGAAUCCCCAGCUUGAUCGCGUUCCACCAGAAGUCCACGGGUGAUCGACUGGUGGACCGCGAUCGAUGUAUUGGCCACCCCUGAUGUAAGGGAACUUUUAUAUAAUUGUAGUUCCUAUAUUAUAAUGUUUUAGUUUAUAAAUUUUUUUACAUUUUAUUUUCACAGGAAACACAUGCUACUUUAAAGCUACAAAGUAGCAGUAGCAAGAAGCAGAUAUGUGUUUCCAUGGAUCCGGCAUUUAUUGCAAUGUCAUCACAUUAGCGUUAUCAUCUUGUGCAGCUUGAUUUGUACAAAUCAUUUCUGUUAAAGCUUCAGGCUGACGAGACCAUGAAACUUCAACACUUGAUACUGUAAUGUGUGAAUCUGACUGCCAUCGGCAGCAGUUUAAUCAAUGCUUAGAGAUAAAAUAUCAGCUACAACUCACAAAUAUUUGUAUAUUAUAUUAAUCCUAUGCUCCCGACAUUGAUAUGCGUUGUCAUGGUUACAGCUUCCAUUAUAAUGGCAUCAGUUAAGCUCCAUCAUCUUGUACAGUUUGCCUUGUACAAAUCAUUUCUAAGUCAUCAAGGUGACAAGACAGAACAUGAAGCUUAUGUAUUUUCUUUAUAUUUCAUCAAAUUUUUGAAUCUGAUAGUGGCAGUACAUAUCCAUUAUACAGAAAAUGAAUGUGUACUGUUGAUUUUGUAGUCAAAGCUGUGGGCAUAUCCUUAUUUGACUUGAAGAAAUGUAAUAAACCGCAAAUGCAAAAUAAAAAUUGAAAUUCAUAUUUUGUAAAGUAAUAUUGUUUAUUAGACACUGUGAAUUUGAAUUACCCAUAGCUCACUAUGAAGGUAAAGAUAACGUAACCUUCAGUAGCAAAGAUAAUGUUUUUGUCAGAAAGUUUGAUUACAUACACUGCACACUGGUGCAAACUAUAAAAGUCGCAAUCUUUCGUCUGCUGGUGGUUACUAAACAUUUUUCAUGUUCACUAAAGAUAUGUUAAAUUGUCCAAAGGAAAAUUUGUUCACGCAAAGUCAUACAUUUUAGCACUGCAAAUCUUUUUUUUCCUUUUUGACUGUUUUAUAUUUCCCUGUAAAGCUUUUGUCUAUGAUAUUGAUGUAUCUUAGUAAGUUUUUUUUAUAUAAAUAUCAUAUCUAUAUAUUACUCUAGCUUUAUUAGUGCUGUAAGCAGCUUUUAUGGGUUGCCAUGGAUACAGCUUGCAUUGUGAUGUCAUCACUGUAGCUCUGUUACUGUGUGCAGCUUGCUUUGUAUAAAUCAUUUCUGUUAAGUCAUCAACGUGACAAGACAGAACAUGAAGCUUUUAGCUAUUUUCUUUAUAUUCUUUAUAUUUUCUUUAUUUCAUCUAUUUCCUGAAUGUGAGAGUGCCAUCGGUGGAAGUAAGUAAUAAUUUAAAGCACAAGAUAAACAAAUAUAGGAAACAAAUGUAACUGCUAUUUUUAAAAUAUCAGGGUAUUAGAAUCAGUGAUAAGUUUCAUACCCAUAUAAAGUCCAAGGCAAUUUUAAUAUCCCAAUAUUAGUAUAUACAGUAUGUAUAAUGAUAAUAAGUAUGAAGCAGAUUUAAUUCUUUGAGAAAAAGAUUUAUAACGUGAAAACUCGCGGAUGAGAUUCAAUUUGAGAUGCAAUUCAAUUCAGAAAAACGUAUCUCAACGUUAAUCACUUAUAAUCUUGAUUCAAGUCUAUAGGAAAAAACUGGAACUGAAUUAGGAAAAAUGUUUUUUCUCUUGAAAUCUCAUCCGUGAAUUUUCACGUGACAAACCAUGCGAUAACUUUUUCUCAUUAAAUUGAAUGUGGCCCAAUAUACAGAUAAUAUUGUUAAUUUUCAGACCUGAUCUCAAUACUUCACAUUUAGAGCUUUAUUUUACCACAUACAAUCCAUUUGUUCACACAAAGGCAAACAUUUUAGCACUGCAAAGCUUUUUUACUUUUUUACAUUCCCCUGUAAAGCUUUUGACUAUUAUGUUGAUAUAUCUUAGGAAAUUUUUUAGAUAAACGUCAAAUCUAUAUAUUACUUUAACUUUAUUGGUGCUAUAACCAGCCAUUAUGGGUUGCCAUGGAUACAACUUGCUUUGUGAUGUCAUCACUUUAGCAAUAGAGUUGCCUUGUUUACAGUUUGCAUUGUGAUGUCAUCACUGUAGCUCUGUUCCUGUGUGCAGCUUGCUUUGUAAAAAUCAUUUCUGUUAAGUCAUCAACGUGACAAGACAGAACAUGAAGCUUUUAGCUAUUUUCUUUAUAUUCUUUAUAUUUUCUUUAUUUAAUCUAUUUCCUGAAUGUGAGAGUGCCAUCGGUGGCAUUUGCGGAAACCGACCUUUAUUUAAUAAGGGCUCCCGGAUUGUUGGAGGACAAAAUUCCCCACCUGGGAAGUGGCCAUGGAUGGUGAGCAUACAGAGCCCCACUGGGAAAGAAUUCUCACAUCUUUGCGGAGGAAGCGUCUUGAAUGAAAUUUGGGUUCUGACAGCAGCGCACUGUUUUAAGCAUCUGCAAAGGAAAGAAGAAACUAAAUCUUGGAGGCUCGUAUUUGGAGCAAACAACUUAAAAGUUCUAGAAUCAUCAGUUCAAAUCCGAAAAAUAAAAGAAGUCAUACAGCCCAAAGCCUAUAAUCCAACGACUGAGGCAAAUGACAUUACUCUGUUGCGGUUAGACAAGCCUAUUGUGUUUACAGACUAUGUACAACCGGCUUGUUUCCCAACAGAGUUUGCUAAUGUCGAGAAGAAGACCGACUGUUACAUUGCAGGAUGGGGAGUUCUGGAUGAAGAAUCUGGAGAACCAUCAGAAAUUUUGCAAGAAGCCCGUGUGCAUCAAAUAGAUUCCAAGAAAUGUAACUCCAAAGACUGGUAUGAUGGCGCCAUAGGGGAAUACAACCUAUGUGCAGGUCAUGAGAAAGGAGGCAUCGACAGCUGCCAGGGAGACAGCGGAGGACCUUUGAUGUGCAAAACGCAGAAAUCAAGAACCUACGCUGUAGUUGGAAUCACAAGCUGGGGAUCAGGCUGUGCAAGAGGCAAAAAGCCAGGUGUUUACACUUCCACCAAAUACUUUAUUAAGUGGAUCGCUAGCAAAGUUGAGACAGAUGAGAAAGAGAAACCGAAAAUCAGGAAGAAACGUUCUUUGUUGAAAAACAUCAUUCUUCCUAAUGGACAACUUCCUGAUGCUGAGACUGAAGAGCUAACCCAGACCCAAACCCAAGGAACUGAAACAAAUCCUGUGCGACCAACUGCACAAAUACAAGAGUUUCAGUAUGGCAGAGAAAAAGGGACGCAAGUUCAGUCUGGACCAAUAGAAGGAAAGCUUAAACCUGAAAUAGCAGUGCAAGUACCAACAGAAAACAUUCUGAAAAGAAUUAUGAGUUGGUUACUUACGGACAUGCGAUAGACACUAAAUAGAUUCCCAAACCGUCAGACUCUACACAAUAUUUUCUACGAACUAUACACAGUGAAGCCCCAAUUUUACAUCAGCGGAUUUUAUGUUUUCUGGGAUUCAUGCCGUAUUUAUGAGGUCCCAUACAGGCAAUCUGCUUUCGUUCAUGCCUGUAUUUUACGUUUCCCCGGAAUUUACGGCAUUUCGUUGCAGUCCCCACGUAGACAUAAACUCUGGGUUCUACUGUGCUGGACCCCUAGACAGGAUAGGAAGAAUUUCUAUGGUGUGCAAAUAGUGUGCACCGU